AUGCGCUAGCUUGUGUAAACAAAUGUGUGGACAUUUUUCCUGUCAAAAAACAUAGAAAUUUAAAAUAUUUUCCCUGGAUAGUGUUGCUAUUAGCAGCUUUAUCAAUAGAAAAAUGGAUAACCAACACCAAAUAUUUUUACAGUCAGAUCAUGAUUUUAUUGGCUUGAUACGGUUGCACUGUGAAAAACUAAGUGACAAAAAUAUAAUAACUUUAUUGUGGGAUCAGUUGACAAAGAAGGAGUCACCGGGUCUACAUGACGAUAAACUUACAGAAUAUCGUGAUCAUCUACCAGUAGAUUUACAUAAAUACGUUAAAAUACUUGAGUUUAAAUGCUCAAAAUUGCCUAGUGAAAACUUACAGUUGCUCGAUGGUACCCACAAGACAUAUUUAAUAACAUUUUUGUUUUUUUGUACUAAACCAAAUUCAACUGUGACUGACAAAACCAAAUUAACUGCAUCGAUUUUAUAUUUAAAUCUUACAAUACUACCUGAAGUUGGGAAAUUGUUUUUUAACAAGUCAAUGUACAUGUGUCAAUUAUCAACAGCAGUUAAUCUUAUGAGAAGUCGUGAUAUAAGUAAUGAUCGGAAAGAAACUAUUAUCAAAUUAGUAAAAAGGCAUUGUCUCCAGGAAGAACAUCUGGAUAGUGAGAUGUUGGGGGCAUCUGCUAAUGUGAUUGUAGUAUCUAUGAUAAUUGGAGCAUCAGAAAAAAUGAUUCGUUGUGGAACAGUCACUGACUUGGCGGCAUGCUGUAUGAAGGCUCUGCGCAUAAUUAUACUUCACACAAGUAGCCGUAACCUUGUAAAAAUCAUCGCUCGGACACUAUUCAGGUGCAUAAAAAAAAAAUAUUUGGAUCUUAUACCAAAUUGUGAAUUAGCUGUGGAUAUUAUUAUUUUGUUUCUAAAAGGAACAUUGCAAAUUAAAGCUUUUGAAAGGAAAAUUGAUUCUUUUCUAGAUGGUUUUGGAGAUAACUGGGCUUCAGAGGAACCAAUAAAUUUUAAGGAUACAGUUAAAAUAAUGAACAUACUUCCUGAGGAACACUAUAAAACGUUAUUGAGGCGAAUGAUAACGUUAACUGCACCAAAGAAUAAAAAAACGUUAUUAAUAAAUGUUUUUUUUCUGAUCCGUGAAAUUCUAACAGUACCUCCGAAUUUUGCUCUUGAAAAGAUAACUGUAUUAUAUUCAUGUACAGUAGGCAAUGUUCUACAUCAUAUCUUGAAUAGCGAAGAACAAGUUGUGUCUUCAGCGAUAGAUGUUUUUAAAGAUAUUAGUGAUGCUGCAACUAACCCUCUCCACCAAUACAUAUUUGCUGAGGUACGAGCAACUCGAAAAUUAGUAAACAUGCCGAUAGAAUCGGUCUUACUAGGUCUGUCACGUGCUGCCAACCAGACAUGGUCACCCAGGAAUAGAAAACUAUUUCAAAUAUUUUCACGUUUUGUUGCCGUAACGCCAAACUUGAAUCCGAUAAUGGUUGAAAAGGCUCUAGAUGGAAUAAUUAAAGAUGCUAAUCCAAAAACCUUUGAUGGCUUAUUAGAAACUCUUCAAGUGAGUUAUUUGGCUGCUUCCGAGCGUGGUGAAAUUCAUAUAGCGGAAAUGUUGUUGCGUGUUGUACAUAAGUUUGCCGUUUAUCCGAAUGAUAAAUUCUACUUUAUGUAUGCUAAUCAUAUUUUCAACGGGAUGCUAAAACCGUCAGUCGUCUACGGCAAAACAUAUUCUCCAAAGUAUUACUACAGAAUAUAUUUAACGUCCAGUUUUGACUAUGAGGCAUUAUUCACUAAAUGUAACAAUCUCAUAAGAGAUCGAGAAGUGCAUUUAGCAAUUAAAAAUUUAGAUUACAAAGAACCUUGUAGUGGAAUUUUACUAUGUUGCCUUCUGGAACACUGCUUAUAUAUGGAUAUAAGUACAUUAGUGCCAUAUGUUAUCGAUAACUUUUCCAAUCUUUCUGGUCAUAUGACAGUGGGUUACGUUUGUACUGCGCUUGAAACAAUCCUGAAAAACCGAGUGGUUUCAGAUUUAACUCACCCCCAACUAGACGUCAUUCAAAGCGCAAUAAUGUCGGGGUUAUUCGAACGAAAUUUCCCUGUACAAUGCAUAAAACCUAUAUUCAGUUUGUACCGAACGAUACGUAGAAUUUUGAGCUUACCCGAUAACGAAGACCAGUUAAAUGAACUGCUUAGUCACACCGCGAGAAAGAUGUUACGUAGGUUACUCGAUAGGAAUUUUGAUGAUAACAACUCUAUUUUGUAUCUCAAUGAAAUAUGUUUAAUCCUAAAUAACAUUCCUAGUGACGCUAUUCUUCUUAUAUUGAAAAAUUGUUUGGAUAAUGCAGCGAGAAUGUCAGUAAUCACAACGUAUAUGCCAGAUAUAUAUGUACAAACUCUAACGUUGCUUUGCACCAUAGCUAUGGUGAAUAAGAGCAAAGUGUCAAUUCCGUUGAAGUAUCUUCAACAAAGUUUAAAUAGUGGAGACUGUGUUAUGAAAGUUGUAACUAUUAAAUUACUGUACAGCCUCUGCAGAGAAAUAACGCACGAAUUUAACGUUGUGAUAAAAUUCUCGUUUAAAGAAAUGGUGACUGGAAACCCUUGUUUGGUUAGAAUUUGUGCAAGCAUUUUGGAAGAGUUGAUACAUGAAGAUUACAUAAAACUUACGACCGAAGACUUCUUUAGAUUUAUUUACAUUCUGGGGUGUAAUGAUCUGAGGAGUUUCAUGAAAGAACUUUUGUUAAAAAGAUUUGUUCUGUCGAAUCAAAACGAUAUUACGAAAUUUUACUUACCAAUUAUUAUGUAUGUUAAUAUGUACGGCAAGUUUUCACAUUAUCCGAUAUCAUCUACGUUCUAUGGAGACUUGGAAAUAAUUAGAUCGAAAAUUAAUUCAUCGACAGAAAUGUUCGAGUUUCUUUUUCUCCAACUUCCUAUUCACAAGAAAUUUAACAUACUCAUGGAAAUUUCCUCAGUUUUUGAAGAUUUAAUUAAAGGCCAGUGUAAAGUUGAUGACAACUUUUUCAAUGUCUUGCUGGAUUUAAUAGCAACUAUUAAACUUAUGAAAACAUCAGUCACAGAGAAACAAACUCCAAAACAUUACUACCAGAACAUCAUCAAACAGGUAGAGAAGCAAAUUAUUCGUUUCGAUCCUAAUUAUAAAAAGGAAGAGUAUUAUAAGGAAUUUGAAAAUGAAAUAAAGCGAUGUACGUUGGCGCUUUUGAAAUUGUUGUUUUUUGAAAAUGAACAGUUGGCUUCCAAAAUACAAAUCCACCUCUUUGAUGCGUUAAUUCAUUGGAUCGAUUUCAUUAAAGCAGAGAUCAUCCAUUAUAUACACCAAGAAAGAGGGAAAGACUAUGACCCAUAUUUUGCCAAAUUGGUGCAGUUCUACAGGAAAAAUAAAAAUAUAUUUGAUACUUUGUCUAGCCAGCUUAGUGGAGUUAGUUCUUACUAUGUGGAUGAAAAACCUAUUUUUGUGUUGUUGCCACUGACAUAUUUAAAUAUCAAUCUGGUAUGA